UGUAACGAGUUUGAUAAAGUUUCUUCCGCUUCAUUCAUUUUCAUUCACGCUUAUUCUGAGGUGAAUUAAAGUGUGUGUAGCUCGAAUGGCGCGCAAGAGAGCAGUUGGCCAUGAAACUGCUGGAAAUGUUCAGUCUGAGAGAAAGAAGGCAUCGGAAGAGCCUCUUUCUGGGAAACAGCAACAGGAGAAGACGUCUUGCUGGACGACGGUGUCCUUUAUAGGGAAAAUUCUCCUCCUUGUCAUUUUCAUACCACCUUUCCUUAAUUACGCUUCACUUCAGAGAGAAGAACAAGAGCUCAGACCAAAAGAUGCGGAGAUGAUAGAUAUAGGCUUGGGCCAGAAGAUCAGCCUUAUCUGCAAAGGCCAAGGACAACCAGUUGUGAUGCUUGACGCACCGACCGGAAUGUCAUCUGAUAUUUGGCAUCGUGUGCAAGAGAGCGUUUCGCAAAGCACAAAGGUUUGUGCGUUUGACAGAGCGGGCCUGGGUUUUAGCAGAAGAGCUCUGCAGAACGACACCACAGUCACGGAGAAAGUGUGGAGAUUAUCAACCACAGGCAGGAUGGUGGACGACCUCCACCGGUUGGUCAAGGCUGCUGAGUUAGCCACGCCCUUCAUUCUGGUCGGCUCGGAGCUGGGUGCGCUGAACGGCAGGUUUUAUACUCACAUCUAUGACGCGCAAGUGUCGGACUUAGUGUUGAUCAACCCCAUCCCCGAGGACGUCUUUGAAGAGGAGACGUGGCAGCAGUACUGGUACACGCACCUGGUGCCCUCGUUACAGAUGAUGCAGCUUGCAGCAGCCACAGGUGUAAGUCGUCUUCUCCUCAUCCUCCGGCUGCUGGAGCCCAGUUUCGGUGGAGAGAGCGUCUCAGGAGAACUGCUCCAGCGUCAGAAAUACCUCUUGAGUAACCCUGCUCACCAGAGCAGCGCCGUGGACGAGCACUAUUUCCUGAACGAGAGCGCGUCUCAAGUCCGAGAGAUUUCCAAAUUCAAGUUGCUGUCUAGCAGAAUAUCACUGAGCGUUAUCAUGGGGGACUCGUUCGACGAACAGCUCCCCGCUCACCUCAACCAAGUUUUUGCUGAUGUGCAGAGGAAGUGUUUAAAGCGAGUUUACCCUCAGGCCAAGCUCAUUCACAUUCAGGGGGCGGACCGUCACAUGAUCUCUAAAAAGGCGUCAUCGGUAAGCAAACAUUUACUGGAGCUCGUGUCAAAGAGGCAAACCAAACAUGCAAUGAGGCAAUGACACCACCGUGCUUUCAAACACCGCCGUGUUUCCUGUUUGGUAACCAUUAACAUUCACAGCUGUGCUGCAUCAUCUGAUUUGGGGAAAAUUAAUAAAAAAAUCUCUAAAAACAAA